AUGGCGCGCAUGGUGCGCUCCGGCGACGUGCACGUCAUCACGGGCGACUGGCUGUCCGAGAUGAACAUUGCCUGGAACGCCAUCAAGAAGCAGGAAGUCGACCCGAGCCUGGGCUACGAGAACGGCUUCUUCGACCAACUCGAAGAGUGCAUCGACGACAUUGUCGCGCGAGACAUCCGUGUCGUCACCAACGCCGGCGCGCUCAACGUCACCAGUCUGUACGCCAAAGUAAAGGACCUGUGUGUGCAGCGCGGAUAUCCAGGAGUUGUGGUAGCGGUGGUGCUCGGCGACGACAUCUCAGACCUCCUGCUGGAGGGAGAGGAGCGCAAGAAAACAGGCUUCCAUCACCUCGACCAUCCCGAGUGGAAGCUGGACGAUUGGGAUUUCAUUCCAUGCGCUGGAAACGCGUACAUUGGCUGUGGAGGCAUCACAAGUGCGCUUCGCGCUGGCGCCAGCAUCGUCAUCUGUGGGCGCUGCACGGAUGCCUCGCCCGUCAUGGGUGCCGCGGCGUGGUACCACGGCUGGGACGAGGAUCAGCAUGACGAGCUCGCCGGCUCUUUGCUCGCAGCACACCUGAUCGAAUGCGGUCCAUACAUCGUCGGCGCCAACUUUUCGGGGUUCAAGCAGUUUCUCCCAGAGCUGGUGGACCUUGCCUUUCCGAUUGCCGAGAUCGAUGCUCGCGGUGGCUGCGUGAUAACAAAGACGAAGGAGGGAGGUGGCCGUGUGACUAGCGAGACGGUGACGGCGCAGCUGCUGUACGAGCUGCAAGGCCAUCUGUACCUGAACCCAGACGUCGUUGCAGACCUGUCCGGGGUGGCCGUCGAGGAGAUGGACCCCGAUCGGGUGAGGGUGUCCGGUGUCACUGGCCUGCCGCCCCCGCCCACGACCAAGGCCAUGGUCGUUGCCAAAGGAGGAUACCAGGCAGAGGCGACAUUCUUCAUCAAUGGCCUCGACGUCGCGGAAAAGGCCCAGAUGAUGAAGAACCAGCUCGAGCACAUCCUUGCCGACAACCGUUUCAGCAAGCUCAGCAUUGAGCUGUAUGGUGGGCAGGUCGCGAACCCGCAGUCGCAGCAAGCCGGCACCGCGUCACUGCGCGUCUUCGCACAGGCCAGGAGGAGGGAAGACAUUGACCGGCUCAAGUUCCUGGUCCCCAUUUACGCACUGCGCAUGCAGAGCUACCCGGGAUACCACAUGAACCUCGACUUUCGGACCAUGGAGCCGCGGCCGUUUAUGGAAAUGUUCCCAGCACUGAUGCCCCUGUCUGCCGUCGACCACCGCGUGCAGCUGAGCAGUGGAGGGUCCAUCGCCAUCGAACCGCCAAAGGCGACAGCCACGUACCCGAUUCUCCGGCCGUCUGCCGACACGGACCAUCCGAUCGACGUGCUGAGCCUGGGGCCGACGGACUUUGCGCCUCUCGGAUCCAUCGUCCACGCGAGGUCGGGAGACAAAGCCGACAACACCAACGUUGGAUUCUUCGUGCGGCACGACGACGAAUACCCAUGGCUUCGGACCGUAUUGACUGUAGCGAAGCUCAAGCAGCUUCUUGGCGACGAUUGGCACAAAGGGGACACAUCCCGCAGAGUCGAGCGAGUCGAGUUCCCCAACAUUCGUGCGGUCCAUUUCCGCAUCCUCGACAACCUGAACGGAGGCAUAGCCUCAUCCGACAGAAUAGACGGUCUCGGUAAGGGAAUUGCCGAGUAUCUCCGCAGUCGACAUGUCGACGUUCCGAGGCGGUUCCUGGAACGUGGGCGCAUUUGA